GCCUGGCCUGCCGAUGGCCGUUGGAAUUCUGGCGGGAUUUUCGGAAGCGAGAGUCGUCGUCCGCGGCGGCGGUUGGCUCCUUGAGGGGAAUAUAAAUUAAAGUUUCGUGAGGCGGAAAACGGAAAGUAAUUGAGCGAAGUUGCCAGGAGGGCGAUGGGGAGCGAAGUGGAUUCGGGCGGAAAGCGCCAGGGUGGAUAUGCUGUGGAGACUGGACGCCUCACCGCAGAGGAGAUGGACGAGCGUAGACGGCAGCACAUUGCCUACGAGUACCUCUGUCACUUGGAGGAGGCGAAACGAUGGAUGGAGGCCUGCCUAGAUGAGGAACUCCCACCAACUACUGAACUAGAGGAAAGUCUGAGGAACGGAGUGAUUUUGGCUAAACUAGGCCAUCGCUUUGCACCAGAGAUUGUCCCAAAGAGAAAAAUCUACGACCCAGAGCAGCUGAAGUACAAGGCAAUGGGGCUGAAUUUCCGGCACACGGACAAUAUCAACUAUUGGCUGAAUGCACUGGCCAAAAUCGCACUCCCAUCGAUAUUUUACCCAGAAACCACAGAUAUCUAUGACAAGAAGAACAUUCCCCGUGUUGUUUAUUGCAUUCAUGCUUUCAGCCUGUACUUGUUCAAACUGGGCCUAGCUCCACAGAUACAGGACCUGUAUGGCAAGGUGAAUUUUACAGAGGAGGAGAUCAAUAACAUGAAAACCGAGCUGGAGAAAUAUGGGAUCCAGAUGCCUGCCUUUAGUAAGAUUGGAGGCAUCCUGGCCAAUCAGCUCUCAGUUGAUGAAGCAGCAGUGCACGCCGCGGUGAUCGCCAUUAACGAUGCCAUUGACCGAGGGGUUGUGGCACAGACCUUGCUGGCACUCCACAAUCCGAAUGCCAUGCUGGUGAACCUUGUCGAUGGCCUUGCCCUGGUUUACCAGGAAAUGCUACACCAAGCCAAGAGUGAGAAGGCUGCUAAUGCCAGGAACCGUGUGGAUGUGUACAAACCAGAAUCCUCUGAGGGCAAGGAUGUGUAUGAGGAGCUCCUCACACAAGCUGAGAUUCAAGGCAAUGUUAAUAAGGUCAACGUGCACGCUGCUCUGGAGUAUGUUGAUGAGGCAUUGGAGAAGAGAGAUGUGCUGGCUCUGUACUCUACUCUACAGAGUGAGGCUUUAGCCCUUCACGAAGUUAACCGGGAGAACACCGAUUGGUACAUGGAACAGCUCAUCAUUGACCGAGAGCAGAAAGCACUGGAGUUAGGGACGAUGGAGCCACUAGAGAAGGAGGAGCUCCAGGCGGCCAUCGACGCAGCCAACGAAAACUCCAACGUACAUCUGUGCAUGAUGCAGGCUGUGUCACGGAUCAACGUGGCCAUCCGUAGGGGAGUCCCUGACGAGACGCUGAAGGAACUGAUGAACUCGAGCGCCAAACUCCCAGAUGUCUACCUCUUUGCGGCUGGGCUUUACCAGAGGGAGCUGGCUGCCCUGCAGCAGCAGAAACCACAGGGUGAGCUGACCCAAGAGGAGCUGUAUAUUGCUGUGGAGAUGCUCUCGGCUGUGGCACUGAUCAAUCGUGCCCUGGAAGCUGGGGAUUUCAAUGCAUUCUGGAGGCACCUGAUCAGUGCGGCCACGGGCCUGACCGACGUACAGGAUUGCUGUGCCCAGCGGUACUUUGCUGAACUGACUCUGCUCAAGCAACAGGCCCAGAGAAAUGGGGUGGUGAUGCUGUCCUGGAACGACCUGCAAAUGUGUGUGCAUGAUGUGAAUUUAGCUGUGGAAAAGGAGCAUGACAAAAUCGUUGCGAUUGGUUUGAUAAAUGAAGCACUGGACCGGAACGAUCCCGAGAGGACCAUAGCGGCGCUCCUAAUGCCAUCUGCUGGACUAGCCGACUUGGACUUCCCGGCUGCCAAGCGCUACCACGAUGUGCUGGCCGCGGCAAAGCGGCAAAAGGCCAAGGACAAUCGGGACGAGACAGCGGUGCUCUGGAUCGAGGAAGUUCAGGAUGGGAUUCACAAGGCCAACCAGGAUGGGCAGGCUGCGAGGAAAAUGUCGCUGGGGGUAGCAGCCAUCAAUCAGGCAAUCAAGGAGGGUGUUGCAUCGCAAACACUGCGGGUUCUGCGUUCUCCAAGUGUGGCUUUAUGCAGUGUGGUUCCAGAAUGUGCCUCCACCUACCAAUCUGAGUUGGCCAUGUUGAUGCAAAUUAAAAUGGAGAUGGGUGAUAACCGGAGCAGUUGGGUGAAACACAAGCUGAAGGAUGGGUCGCUGUACUAUUUCAAUUUGGAGACGCUCGAGGGGAGCUGGGAGAGACCCAGGGGAUUUGUGCAGAGCUCCACACAGAUCAGCAGGGAAGAGAUCCAGGCCACGGUAACUGGAGUGACAGCUGUUUAUAAUCGAGAGAGACUCUGGAAGGCGAACGAGGGAAUGAUCACAAGGCUUCAGGCCCACAUGAAGGGUUAUCUCAUUCGGAAGGAUCUGUGCGCUCGCAAAGACUUUCUCCAAAAACAACUGCCAGCCAUCGUAACAGUCCAGUCGCACUGGAGAGGUUACAGACAGCGGAGAGAUUACCAGAAGAGACUUCAUCACUUUCGAGACAACACAGAUGCUGUAAUUAAGAUUCAGUCCUGGGUGAGGAUGUGGCAGGCAAAGAGGAGAUAUAGGGCAAGGCUGCAGCACUUCAAGAACAAUAUUGCUUCGGUGGUGAAGAUCCAGGCGUUUGUCAGAGCCAACAAAGCCAGAGGAGACUACAGGCUCCUAGUCCAUGCCCAGAACCCUCCGCUGAGCGUGGUUCGGAAGUUUGCCCAUCUCCUGGAACACAGCGACCACGACUUCCGUGAGGAGUGGGAACUGAUGCGACUGCGUGAGGAAGUGGUGCAGCACAUCCGUUCCAAUCAACGCCUGGAGCAGGACCUCAACAUCAUGGACAUAAAAAUAGGGCUGCUGGUGAAGAACAGGAUCACCCUGCAGGAAGUGGUUUCCCACUGCAAGAAACUUACUAAGAAGAACAAGGGUCAGCUAGAAGACUUGAUGGUGAUCGACAAGCAAAAGGGGUUGAAAGCUCUCAGCAGACAGAAGCGGGAGAAACUGGAGGCAUAUCAACAUCUCUUCUACCUCCUGCAGACAAAGCCGGUGUACUUGGCCAAACUGAUUUUCCAGAUGCCCCAGAACAGAUCAACCAAGUUCAUAGAUUCCGUCAUAUUCUCACUCUACAACUACGCAGCCAACCAGAGAGAAGACUACCUGCUCUUACGUCUGUUCACCACUGCUCUUCAAGAGGAAAUUAAGUAUGUGAUCAUGGUGAUGGGAAAGAUUAAAUAG